AUGACUGAGCCAAACACCCAGCAAGUCCACCACAUCCAGCCAGCCGAGCUUCAGAACUUUGUUCAACGAGUUUUGGUCGGCAACGGCGUACCCGAUGACCAUGCCACCAUAGUUGCGCGUUGUCUCAUCCAAGCAGAUCUUCGAGGCGUCGACACACACGGCUCAAAUCGCAUUCCGUCCUAUAUGAAGCGUAUUCGCCAAAAAGUGCUAGAUCCAUCCGCAAUCCCAGAAUUGAAGCAAGUCACACCGGCUGCUGCUAUAGUCGAUGCAAAGAAUGGAUUCGGCUUUGUCGCAGCUCAUAUGGGAAUGCAAAAGGCGAUUGAGAUGGCGCAACAGAUUGGUAUUGGGAUGGUAUCAAUUAAACAUUCAAACCAUUUUGGCAUGUCGGCCUGGUUAGUGCAACAGGCGAUUGACGCUGGGAUGAUGUCGCUCGUAUUCACCAAUUCGUCGCCUGCAUUGCCUGUCUGGGGAGGAAAAUCUCAGCUGAUGGGUGUCUCGCCUAUUGCCUGCGGAGCACCAGCUGGCAAAGAGCGACCGUUCAUUCUGGAUAUGGCUCCAUCAGUCGCCGCGCGAGGCAAGAUCUACAAAGCGUUACGAAGAGGAGAGAAGAUCCCUACUGAUUGGGCUCUUGACAAGGAUGGAAAUGUGACCGAUGAUCCUGCAAGAGCUCUUGAAGGCGUCAUGCUUCCUAUGGGUGGACCAAAAGGAUCUGCAUUAUCGAUUAUGAUGGAUGUGUUUUCUGGUGUACUGUCCGGAUCUGCGUUUGCAGGUCAUGUAACGGGGCCAUAUGAUCCAUCAAAACCAGCGGACGUUGGACACUUUUUGGUGGCCAUCAAGCCUGACUUGUUUAUGGACUUGGAGGAGUUCAAAUCACGAAUGGAUUAUUUGUAUCAGCGUGUCGUUACCUCUGAUAAGGCAGCUGGUGUGGACAAGAUUUAUUAUCCUGGAGAAAUUGAGCAGAUUACACGAGAUAGACGGCUGACUGAAGGGAUACCUUUUACUGAAGUAGAGAUCGCAAAUUUGAAUGAGGAGGCAGAGUUGGUCGGUGUCGAAAAGUUGAAUAUCUAA